AGUCUUCCCUGACAUCCACCUUCUUGCAGCAUCGUGUUGAGUCUAGUCUAACAUGAAACGUAAAUAAAAGGUGAAAAACUCAACGUAAAUAAGUAUGACAGUCGAAAUGGAAAGCGAAGAUUCAAAUAUCACAAUUACUAUCAAGAGACGUCUCACACCUUUGAUACAGGUAGAAGUUGAGCCAGUUGGUCGCUGGUUCCAUGCAUAUGAAGCUCGAAGGUUACGUGGUCACCUCAUAUCCUCAGCUGGUGAGAGUGAAGAUGAAAGUGAAGAAGAAGAAGCUCCAGAGGUAGAGAUUGAAGAUGAUAUACAAUACCUUAGAUCCCUUAAUCCAGCUGAAUGGAAGGAUCAAGAUCAUUAUGCAGUAUUAGGUUUGAAAAAGUAUCGUUGUAAGGCAUCAGAUGAAGAUAUUAAAAGAGCACAUCGAAUGAUGGUUCUUAGACAUCAUCCAGAUAAGAGAAGAGGAGCUGGUGAGGAAGUUAGGGUUGAUGACGAUUAUUUUACCUGCAUUACUAAAGCUUAUGAGAUUUUAGGAGAUCCAAUAAAGCGUCGUUCUUAUGAUUCUGUAGAUCCAGAGUUUGAUGAUGAUAUCCCAUCCGUAAAUGCAAAUAAUAAAACUAAUUUCUUUAAGGUAUUUACACCGAUGUUUGAGCGAAAUGCCAGAUGGUCAAUCAGAAAACAUGUCCCUGGUCUUGGUAAACCAGAUGAUAGUAGACAAAAGGUUGAUAGGUUUUAUUCAUUUUGGUAUGAUUUUGAGUCGUGGCGAGAGUUCUCGUACUUGGAUGAAGAGGAAAAGGAAAAAGGACAAGAUCGAGAAGAGCGACGUUGGAUAGAAAAACAAAACAAAGCAGAAAGGGCUCGACGUCGAAAGGAAGAAAUGUCACGACUUCGGAGAUUAGUUGAUAAUGCCUAUGCUUGUGACCCAAGAAUUGCAAAGUUUAAGGAAGAAGAGAGAGAAAGAAGAUUAGCACAGAAAAAGGCAAAGGCAGAUGCCCAGAGACAGAAACAGGAAGAAGAGGAAAGAAUACGCAGAGAAGCAGAGGAAGCAGAAAGAAAGAAGAGAGAAGCAGAAGAGGCAGAACUGAAAGCAAAGCAAGAUGCUGAGAAAAAGGAGAGAGAAGCACUUAAAAAGGCUUUCAAGAAAGAGAGAAAAAAUCUUCGUACCAUGUGCAAGGAUCAUAAUUAUUACACGACUGACGAAGAUGAAAAAGUACAGUUGAUGACAGAUGUGGAGCUAUUAUGUGAAGCUUUGGAACUAACGAGAAUCGAGGAACUCAACAAAGAAUUGUCAUCAGCAGGAAAAGACAAGGUUAAAGGAAAGGAUGUUUUAAUGAAAGGGAUAGAUGAAGUCAAGAAUCGUAUUAAACGAGAAAGAGAGCAAGGAGCUGCAGCUGCAAAUAAAGGUGGAAGUGGUUCAGGGGGUGAUGGUUCUUCCAGCAAACCUUGGAACCAAGAGGAUUUGCAGCUUCUUAUCAAGGCUGUGAAUCUCUUCCCAGCUGGAACAACUAAAAGGUGGGAGGUUGUUGCUGAAUAUAUCAAUCAACACACUGCAACAAAUAUUUCAAGAGUUGCUAAAGAGGUUUUGGCCAAAGCUAAAGAGUUACAGCAUUCAGACCAACACAUGAAAGAAGCAGCCAAUAAAAAUGCUUAUCAAAGUGUGGAAAAGGCCCAAGGAAAAUCUCAGAUUAGUGAUUCUACUGCAUCACAAAGAUUUGACACGCCUCAAGAAAUGUUGGGAAUGAAUACAAUGGCAUGGGGAGCUGAAGAACAACGCCUCUUAGAACAAGCCUUGAAAACCUUCCCUGUAUCAACAACUGAUCGCUGGGAAAGAAUUGCUGAAUGUGUUCCAAAUCGUACGAAAAAGGACUGCAUGAGGCGAUACAAAGAGCUGGUUGAAAUGGUGAAAGCCAAAAAGGCAGCCCAGGCUGCAGCAGCCAAGAAGUAGCAUUUUUUUUAACCCUUUGAUGCUAGGAUGCAGAAAUCAGUCAUUUACACCAUUGUUUGAAACACUUAAAGGUCCCUUAUAAUUUGUUGUGAUAGAAGUCACAGUUAUACAGGGUAUUAUUACUUGAUUCAACUUGGGUUUAUCUGUACAUGUUUUAUGCAAAUAAUACCCUUAGGGUGCUCUGUAUUUGGUGUGGAUUUCUGAGAUGAGUAUCUUUUAAAACUGUUGCAGUUAAAGUUUUACUUGCCAUUGGUGAUCUGGUGGACUACAUGAGCUAAUUAACAUCACUUUAGCUAAUAACAUUGAGUCAAGUCUCAUUUUUUUAUUAAGUGAUAGACUUGAAUGCAAUUAUAAUUAUUACUUGAUAAAGUGUUUUAUUAUAGAAUGCAUUUUCUUAUUUGGGUGUACAGUAUGUCCUCCAUAAUGUGGGAGGGGGGCCAGUUAGGGACCACAACCACCCAUAUUAAGUGAAAAUCCGCUUUAAGUUUAUAUGUAUCCCCCUCUAAAAAAAAAACAGCUUAUAACUGGCCAUUUUAAUAGUUCAAACCCCCCCCCCCCCCCCCCUCUAAAAAUGCUUGUAACUGCCAAUUUUAAUAGGCAGUUAUAAUAAAAUUAAUUUAAACACAGCAGAAUAUCAAUAAAAUGUUAUUUCACUUACAGAA